CGACAUCAAGAGUAUAUAGCCCAGUCGGCUUCAGAUGCUGGAUGUGUCAUGUCUCCCAAAUUGCCAGAGGGCGCAGUUUCUGAUCGGGACACAAAACCCUCUACGGUUUUGUUGGAUUGGUAAACCUGUUUUAACACGAAAUUAUAGAGAAUGCAUUGUCGGAAGGGAGGCUAUUUGAGGAGCGCUCGGUGCAUCUAUCUCAUUUCUCACUGAGUUGAAGCAAAGGUUGGGCUCCAUUCUAAAGCCAACCUCUCCGCUAAAACACGGCUCAAUUUGGAGUGGGGUUGUAAUCAUGCAGGAAGGAUGGAUGGUACAAAUAUUUUUUUUCUGACAUCUUUGAUACACUGAGAUUAUUAUUUGUUUUGUUUCUGCAAGAUGGAGCCGCAAAUGAUGUCCUGCUUCGUUUUCUUGGCUUUUGCGUUUUCAGAAAAUGUCGGAUGUAUUAGAGGAAGGGUUGGACCUAAAGUGACCGAAAAGGUGUUCUUUGACAUCACUGUGGCAGGUCAUGAAGUUGGCCGGAUUGUGAUUGGCCUGUUUGGAGAUGUUGUUCCCCUGACUGUGAAUAACUUUGUGGCUCUUGCCACAGGGGAGAAAGGAUACGGCUACAAAGGAAGUACAUUUCACCGGGUGAUCAAGGACUUCAUGAUCCAAGGAGGUGACUUCACAGCUGGAGAUGGAAAUGGAGGUAGAAGCAUUUACGGGAACCAAUUUGCUGAUGAGAACUUCAAGCUGAAGCACAUGGGAGCAGGUUGGGUCAGCAUGGCCAACGCGGGCCCAGACACCAAUGGCUCUCAGUUCUUCAUCACUGCGUCCAGGGCUCCUUGGCUGGAUGGGAAGCACGUGGUGUUUGGGAAAAUCUUGGAGGGCAUGUCUGUGGUUCAUACCAUCGAGCUCCAAGACACAAAUGACCGGAACCUGCCCUACACAGAGUGUGUCAUUGUCAACAGUGGGAAGAUAGAAGUCAAAGAGCCAUUUAUUGUGGAUGUGGAGGGUUGGUAGGAUUAUCACUAUGUGUGUUACUGUAUUCAGAGAAGUAUUAUGCAGUUGUUGUUUAUGGCUCUCUAAUGUGUAUACUAACUUUUAACAAAAUGAAUACGUUGAAUUCAGUCAUUAUGAGAAGAUGUCAUUUACAAUUAAUAUCUUAAAACCAUUGUAAUUUAGUUAUUUAACCUACACUCAUUAACUGCCAAAAUGAUCAGUAUGUCAUUUGCACUAUCCACUCAGCACUUUGUCAUGCUAAGUUGAAACAACUUUCAGUUUUUUACAAUGUUGAAAGAUUACACAAAGUAUAUAAUACUUCACUUAUUUUGACAUAUCAAAUGUAAUCACAGCAGCUGUAUGUUGUGAAAUGUUAAUGAGGUUCCCAUUUGUGAACAUGUUGCAUUGUUAUGGUGAGUAUGUUUUAUUAUUUAUGAAAAAUUAAAUUGUGGGGAUUAAUCUGGAAGAUGUAGUAGCAAGCUGCAAAGUUGUUAAUAUUUAAAAAACUAUUGCACAAUUUGCAUAGAAAAUUGCUAGUGAUUACUUCAGGGCAAUUCCACUUUAACCGAAUUACACUUUGACUCAGAUAUAUCACUUUAAAAUGUAUGCCAAACAAAAACAUUGAUUUCUAAGUUUAACAAACCAUAUAACUCCAUUCACAAUGACUACUUUGAACAAUUUACACGUACAUUUACUAAAAGAACUGUGCAGUUGCAAAGUUUGGUAAUAGAAUUACGGUAAAAUCUCCCUCAGUUUCUUAUGCAAACACAUUUUCCAAUAAUUAAGAUUCAAAUAUGUAUGCAAAAAGAAUGGGGUGUCAGUUAUGACAUGACACCUUGAGUUUUAAAUCAUUUAUUUUGGUUAUUGAACUACAGUAGGUGAAGUGGAUUUACAUUUGGUAACGGAAUUACGGUAAUGAAAUUGCAUCAUGGAUCCCUGAUCUGUACUAUACAGAAAUGCAUAAUGAAGGAUAUGAAUAUCAUGCUCAUCAUGGUGAUGUAUCCUGAAUAGGUACACAAAGGUAGAAAUAUGCAAUAUCCUCAUUUUGCUUAUUUGAGUUAUUCUACACACUGGCUAUUAUUGUAAGAGCAUUUGGUUGGCACGGACCAGAGUGCAGUACAGUAUAGCACAGUAGAGUAGAAUACAGUAAGUAGAUAUGUUCAGCACUCUUCAACAUUAUUGUGUUUUGAUGUACUUUUUCUGGUAGAUGUUGUAAAAGACCAAUUUUCCAUCUGUUUGACCAGAAAUCAAAGUCCAACAUUUUUGGAUGGAAUAAUGUAUUUUUUAUAUAUAUAUGCCAUGAUUUCUCAAAAAUAUAGACUCUUAGCUUUAAUUUGACACCCAAUUUGACAUGCUCCUAUAAACUUCACAUGUUGGUGCUCUUGGAUCCUUUUAAAUGGAAAGGCCCUUUGUUAAAUAGGAAUCCUUUUAUUUAAAAAUUUUCAUCCAUAGAUAGUUGUUUUAAAAAUCGAGCAAUUCAUCAAUCUUAUCAGAAACAGUAGCUCGUCUUUCAGAGAUAUCCACAAGCAUAUCAUAUACAGUUGAACUCGGAAGUUUACAUACACUUAGGUUGGAGUCAUUAAAACUUGUUUUUCAACCACUCACUUAUAGCUUGUCAAUUAAAGAUUACAUAAAAAAGAAAAAACAAUGUUAUUUUGUAUGUGCUUGAUCUUGUGUAUUCUGAACUAUGUAACUCCUAUCUUCUGAUCAUUUCCUCAUAAUCUUCCAGAUGUAUUCUUUCCAAAUACACCAAGUUUUGGCAUGUCAGAAUCAUGUAAUUACACAUGAAUAGCAAGUUACCUUUGGAUAUGUCUAUUUAGACGGAAAUCUAUAUUUUGCCAUUACAUCUAAGAGGUUUUAAUGUUCGCCUUGGGGGAGAAACGGGGGCCAGAGCAUAAAGCACAGCCCAACACAAGUUGUAGUCUUUCAGAGACUGGAAAAAUUGUGUCUGCUUGUAUACUUAUCAAUGAAUCCGCCGAUAGGAACACCUCUGAAAUACGUCCAAUAGAUCUAUCGAACAAGGACAACCAUAUUAACACCCACAAAAACAUAUAGUGCGAUCAGUAUAAAAAAGAGCCUUCGUGAAAUGCCACGAAGCAGGACUACAUUCCUUUUUGGAUCACUGACCUGCCUUCCUCCUGGGCAAUUUACAUCUCACUGUCCUAGAAAUGCCUCAGAAAUUAUGAAAACAAGACCAGAUUACCCCAGGGGGAAAUUCCCCUUUAAGAACUAUUGGGAGUGUGGUGUUAAUUUAGUCUCUAAUGAGUCUAGAGGAAAUAGGCUCUGCUAAUGAUGAUACAAGGAAGAGUCAGCAGCGAAUGGGGAUCCAUCAGGGGAAGCUCCUCAGAGGAAGGGAGGACCAUCCUCCUCAGUGAAAUUUCAUAAAAAUAAAAAUUGUGAAACAUUUAAAAAGUUAUCUUUUUUAGAUUAAACUAUAUUAAAUAUAUUCAUAUGUUACCAAAUAAUUGAUUAAAUAAAAAUGUUUUGCAAU